CCUCCGCGCCAGUCCACCUUCCUCCAUCUGGAAAGAAGGGUGAACGAGACAACGAGAGUGUCGUGUCGCGUCAGUGGUGUAGUGCGAAAUUUGUGAGUGAAAUAACAUUUUAGUGAUUUGUGUACAAAAUGAGCUGGCAGGAUUACGUUGACAAGCAAUUAUUAGCAUCCAAAUGUGUAACAAAAGCCGCCAUCGGAGGACAUGACGGAAAUGUUUGGGCGAAAUCAGAAGGAUUUGAAGUAUCAAAAGAUGAACUGUCAAAACUGGUACAAGGAUUUGAAAAACAAGAUAUUUUAACGUCAGGCGGUGUCACAUUAGCUGGCAGCCGAUACAUAUACCUUUCCGGCACAGAUAGAGUCAUCAGAGCAAAGCUGGGCAAAGUAGGAGUACACUGUGUAAAGACGCAACAAGCUGUUGUCGUUUCAUUGUAUGAAGAUCCUAUCCAACCUCAGCAAGCAGCGUCUGUAGUGGAAAAGUUAGGAGAUUACCUAAUGAAUUGCGGCUACUAGAGAUGGUGGCAAGUAAGAUGUGUUGUUCUGUGGCGAAGGGCGGACUUCGGAGCUAGGCAUGCAAUACAGCGAACAGCAACAGAACAGCAACCCGAGUGUAUUGUGGACCAUGUGAAACAGUGACUCUGCUGAUCCUACCAUCGCGACGCGGAGUUCAACGUUUCUUUCAAAUUUAUACAGUGAAUUAUGCUAUUUGUUAAACUACCCUUCGCUAUAAUUAAAAAUCGAGUUUUUAAAAUGAAGAGAAUCUCUAGUCCUGCCUUUUUACUUCUUCGCCUCCGACAUCUGGUCAAGUGCGGUUGCAUAAGCCGGCCCAGGCUCCGAAGUGAAGCGCUGCCGGCGCUGGAGAUUUUUUAUAUUUAGAUUAUAUUGGACAAUUCCAAAUAUCAGUGAUGAAAAAUUAUGCUCAGUUUAGUGCUACGUUUGUUAUUUUGUUAAUCGGAAAGGUCUAUUCAUUAAUCACCAUCGAAAUAUCGCAUAUUUAGCAAUUUGUCUAGCUAUGAAAAUAAUUGUAUAAAGGAUUCCAUUGUAUGUUUGAACAAAUUACCUAAAGUUUAGUUUUUGUAAAUUGGAAGAUGGAGGAGAGCUUGCGAGAGACAUUAUGUGUGCCAAUGUUCAUCCGUUGCUGCUGGUUUAUAAAUAUUUUGUAUAACUCAUUUUAAUGAACUGCUCUUUAUUUCACAUAUAUUUGUGUGUUUAUUGAAUACAUUUGUACUAUUCCUUUAUAAACCCCACCCCAAAUAUUAUUAAUAAAAAAAGUUGCAUUUAUA